AUGACUUUUUACGACGACAUUUACCCAUUCUACACUCUACAAAGGACUUCCUUCAUUAUCAGUGGCCGCUUGCUCCUCAUUAUUUUGGUCUUCCUUGUGCUAGCAGUCAGCCUUCUUCUCAUUCUGCCGGGAAUACGAGGAAAGUCGCGGCUGUUCUGGAUGUUCAGGAUAAUAACCAGCUUGUUCAUCGGAGUGGUGAUUGUGGCGCUCAAUUUCACUAACAGCUGGGCUGAGGCCAGAAUAACCACAAACGCCACCUACAAGUCCUUCAGCAGCGCAGUGAUCAGCGCUGAUGUGGGCCUGCACGUCGGCCUGUAUGGCAUUAACGUGACAUUAAGAGGGAAUCCUCUCGUGCAGCAUAAUGAGACCAUUAACUACAAUGAGAUGUUCAACUGGCAUGACACGAUUGAAGAAGAGUAUGAGGAUGCUCUGGAGAAGGGUUUACCCAACCCCAUCCUGUACAUCGCUGAAAAAUUCACCCUGAGAAGCCCGUGUGGUCUCAUCUUUCAGUACAGAUACUCUGGACGAUAUGCUUCUGCAACCCUCUGGACAGCGUUCUGCUGCUGGCUGCUGGCCAACAUCCUCUUCUCCAUGCCGGUCAUUCUGUACGCUGGUUACAUGAUGAUGGCCACUGCCGCCUUCAUUUUCUUCUCCAUGGUCUCGUUCUCCACAAUCAUGAACGCGCCCAAGUGUGUGUUCUCCAUAGGAACGAACUCUUUUGUGACACAUUACAGCCACUCCUUCUGGCUGGCUCUGGCAACAGGUCUGCUGUGCACUGUCAUUGGGAUUGUUGUUGUGACUUUAAACUUCCUGAUGCCAGAGAAGAUAAAAGCAGCGUUCAGUGUUGGCGUGGACAGCUGUGAGGAUGAGGAUGCGUCUUGUCGGGAGGGGUACCUCAAUUCAGUUUUUCUUGAUGGAGCGACAAUAUCACAGCUGGAGUCAAAAGUGACCUCGGAGCUUGUAUGAGGCGGUCGAGAUGCCCUGCAAGAAGC